CUGAUAGCCAUGAAUGGGGUGGUGGAGUCGCGGGUCUGUGGAUUGUAUCCAGGUUGUAAAAUUAAUCUUUAUUCUCCAUUGGAGUUGUUUCUGUCUUAACUUUCAGCAUUCGACUGGUUCCAAUGCGUCACGUGAGGCGAUAUCGUCCGUCGUAACCGCUCCUUUGGCAGUCUUCGCGUGACUCGAAGCAAAUCACAGUUCCGCUUGUUUCCUCGCAUUAACCAUGCCGAGGAACAACAAGACCUCGCUCAUCCAGAAAAUAGCGAGCCAGGCUUAUGCGACUUUCACAAACUGCUCUUCCUCCGCCAUUGAGGAUAAUAAUAAGGUGUUUUUAGAGCACCAGGCAGACUUGGUCGCCCUGCUCUCCGACAUCAGGGCUGCGGAUCUGAAGAUUGCGCCACCAAAGAAAGUCUCCACAUCCUCCCCUUCGGUCCCUCCAGUCACUUACAUGCACAUCUGCGAGACUGAUGUGUUCAGCAUGGGGGUGUUUCUCCUGAAAUCUGGCGCUUCCAUCCCUCUGCACGACCAUCCCGGGAUGCACGGCAUGCUGAAGGUCCUGUACGGUAAAGUCAGCAUCAGGUGUUAUGACAAGUUGGAUAAAGCCGAGAGUGACACUGAGAGGCACUUUGAUCCUCCAUUGUUGGCUUUCCAGGGAGAUGAUGUGAGGAGAGCAGCGCUGAGGUCUUCGGGGCAGUUUUCGGAACUAAGUGGCCCUUGUGUUUUGAGCCCUUUUAAAGACAACCUUCAUGAGAUUGACGCAGUGGAUGGAGCGGCUGCGUUUCUUGAUAUACUGGCACCGCCGUAUGACCCUGACGAUGGACGGGAUUGUCACUACUACAGAGUUUUACAGACUGCUGGGAAAAAGUCAGAGCAGAGCGGUGAUGAUGAGGCUUGGCUUUUAGAGAUCCCCCAGCCGGAUGAUUUCUGGUGUGGGGGUGAGCCGUACCCUGGUCCUGAAGUGACUAUUUAGACAAUAAAGGGAUGGUUCAACCUUAAAUGAAAAUUCUGUCAUAAUUUGUUCAUUAUUUGCUUGUUUCAAGCCUAUACGAGGUUCUUUUUUUCUGUUGAACACAAGAGAAGAUAUUUCGAAAAAUGUUGGAAAGAUCAUUGACUUCAGUAGUAUUGACUAUGAAAUGAAAUGGCUUUCAUCAUUCUUUCUUAUUAUUUGUUCAUAGUUUUAAUUGUUUCAUAUUUUAAUAUUAUUUUAUCAUUAUUUAAAUGUUUAUAAUUGUUUAUAUAUAUUUUUUUUUAUCUUGUUCAACCGAUGAAAGCAUUUCAUAAAGAUUUGAAACAAAAGUAAAGUGUGAGUAAACUAUCAUUUUUGGGUGAACUAUGCCUUUAACACUGGAAUGGACUUCUGAUCCGUCCUUAAAGUUGUUUUGUUUAUAUAUUUUUUCCUCUUGAGACUGCAAACUCUACAUUUCUACAUCCAAUCCAAGCCUGUGCGACCCAUAGGCUUCAUCAACACUUUGUGGCCUUACGUGUGAAUGAAUGUAUACAUGUCUAAAAGAAAAGCAUUUACUCUUGUAUAAGUGCACCAUAUAAAAUCUUGCUUAAUUUAUUUUAAAAGACUCUACACAAACACUAAUUCUUAUGUACUGUUUAUAUUUUUUACCUAUGAAGUAUAUUAAAAUGUAUUUAAAUCA